CGCCUCCGAACACGUCACUUUCUCGUUCUCGCUGUCCUGUCAGCGUCGGGUUUUAUGUUGAGUUGCAAUUGAACCGGAGUAAAACGACUAAGAAAAGUACAAAAAUGACCGAGCGGAUGAUGCAAGCGGCUCGAUGCCCAACGGACGAACUCUCGUUGACCAACUGCGCCGUCAUCAAUGAGAAGGAGCCCCAGUUCGAACAGCACGUUACCGUGCGCAACUUAGCCCGCACGUACGUGUUCACCUUGAAGAAGCACCCCAGCGUGAGCCCCGGGACCAUCGCCUUCGGCCUGCCGCAGAGAAAGUGGGCCGGCCUAUCGAUUGGACAGGAAGUUAAAGUAACAAACUACAAGUUUGACAAGUCCAAACAGUGUAUAAGCAGCAUGACGGUGGAGAUUGACUUCCUGCAGAAGAAGUGUGUGGACAGCAACCCGUACAACUCCGACAGCAUGGCCACAGAGUUCCUCCAGCACUUCAACAACCAGGCCUUCAGCGUGGGCCAGCAGGUUGUGUUUAGUUUCAGUGAUAAGUUGUUUGGAUUAGUAAUAAAAGAUAUUGAGGCCAUGGACCCGAGCAUCCUGAAGGGAGAACAAGGCACUGGCAAGAAACCAAAGAUUGAGAUUGGGUUGUUGCUGGGAAACAGUCAGGUGAUUUUCGAGAAGUCAGAGACGUCAUCCAUGACUCUGAUUGGGAAAGCCAAGACCAGGGAGUCCCGCCAGUCCAUCAUCAGCCCGGACUGGAACUUCGAGAGGAUGGGCAUUGGCGGCCUCGACAAGGAGUUCUCCGACAUCUUCCGCAGAGCCUUCGCCUCGCGAGUCUUCCCCCCCGACAUCGUGGAGCAGCUGGGCGGUAAGCAUGUGAAGGGGAUCCUGCUGUUCGGACCCCCGGGCUGCGGUAAGACCUUGAUGGCGCGACAGAUCGGCACGAUGCUGAGGGCCCGCGAGCCCAAGAUCGUCAACGGCCCCGAGAUCCUAAACAAGUACGUCGGGGAGUCCGAGGCCAACGUCAGGAAGCUGUUUGCGGACGCGGAGGAGGAGCAGAAGAGGCUCGGCGCGAACAGCGGCCUCCACAUCAUCAUAUUGGACGAGAUUGACGCCAUCUGCAAGCAGCGCGGCAGCAUGGCCGGCAGUACGGGGGUCCACGACACCGUGGUCAACCAGCUGCUGUCCAAGAUCGACGGCGUGGAGCAGCUCAACAACAUCCUGAUCAUAGGUAUGACCAACAGGCCCGACCUGAUCGACGACGCCCUGCUGAGGCCGGGCAGGCUGGAGGUGAAGAUGGAGAUCGGGUUACCGGAUGAGAGGGGCCGCAUCCAGAUCCUCCACAUCCACACCGGCAAGAUGCGUCAGAACCAGCUGCUGGCCGCCGACGUGGACAUCAAGGAGAUGGCGGCGGAGACCAAGAACUACAGCGGCGCAGAGCUGGAGGGCCUGGUCAGGGCGGCGCAGUCCAACGCCAUGAACCGACACAUCAAGGCCAGCAACACGUUGGAGGUGAACAUCGAGACGGCCGAGAAGCUGCAGGUCAGCAGACUCGACUUCAUGACCUCGCUGAAUAACGACAUCAAACCUGCGUUCGGCACCAACCAGGAGGACUACGCCAGCUACAUCAUGAACGGGAUAGUCCGGUGGGGCGACCCGGUGUCGGCGGUCCUGGAGGACGGGGAGCUGCUGGUGCAGCAGACGAAGAACAGCGAGCGCACGCCGCUGGUGUCUGUGCUCCUGGAGGGUCCACCCAACAGUGGGAAAACGGCGCUGGCCGCUAAGAUCUCGGAAGACUCCCAGUUCCCCUUCAUCAAGAUCUGCUCCCCCGACAACAUGAUCGGACACUCGGAGAUCGCCAAGUGCCAAGCCAUCAAAAAGAUAUUUGAAGAUGCCUACAAGUCCCAGCUGAGCUGCGUGGUCGUGGAUGACAUUGAGCGGUUGUUAGACUACGUCCCCAUUGGCCCCCGCUUCUCCAACCUGGUGUUGCAAGCUCUGCUGGUGCUGCUGAAGAAGCCCCCCCCGAAGGGCCGCAAGCUGCUGAUCAUCGGCACCACGAGUCGUAAAGACGUCCUGCAGGAAAUGGAGAUGUUGAAUGCUUUCAGCACCACCAUCCACAUUCCCAACAUCUCGAGGGGGGAGCAGCUGGUGGAGGCCCUGGAGCUACUUGGCAGUUUCCAGGAAGUGGAGCGGGCCGGCAUAGCGAAAGCCGUGAAGGGCAAGAAACUGUGGAUCGGGAUAAAGAAGUUGCUGAUGCUGAUUGAAAUGGCCGUGCAGAUGGAUCCUGGCUCCAGAGUUAGCAAGUUCCUGAGUCUGCUGGAGGAUGAGGGAGCACUAGAGCUUUUUAGUUCCAGUGGAGCGACGUUGUAAAAGAAGAAGCAUCCUUCAGCGUUAUCCGGGUAAUCCGGCUCUGCGAGAAGCUGGUCCCAGCAGGACGGGCGGCCCAAGGUGACAACGAACCAACACAAAACAACAACAACAACAACAAACAACUACUCUUCAGCAACUUCUCAAACCCGCAGCCGGAGGUUCGCCUCCUCUCAUCCCCGCCUCCUGAGACGCGCCGAAGUGGUUAGCGCUGCCUAAAAAUAGUCGACUACACAGGUGCUCUCCUGUGGCGGCACGUCUCCUCCUCCGCCCCCCCCCCCCCCAAGUGAGUUCCCAUCCCCGAAGCUCCGUUCCUGCAGCAGGGCAGAACUUCCUCCUCAGCACCCUGGGGUACAUGGAACUUCACACACGCAGAAGCGGCGCUGCGUUUUCCAGAAAAAUAGUUCUGUAACCUCCAUGUGACGCCCCAAGAAUCACUUUGGGACGUUAUAUAUAAAUAUAUAUUUAUGUAAAUUUACGAUUUAGAGUCCUAUCUACAGCAUCUAGACGCUAAUCUCAACACAGUCUGUUUAUAUCAGACACAUUUGUUUUUUGUAUUCUGAUCAUUCCAAAGCC